CAUUGGUCACCAGAAGGCUGUGGAGGUCAAACAUCCCUCACCACCUCCCAGAAACAGCACAAACCCACGCUCUGCUCCUUCAUCUUCAUCUGGGCAGACAUUGAUCCUGGGAUUUUCCAGCCUAGAGCUCCUCCUUCCUGUGACCCGAGAUCCCAGCCCACCCUCUGCCAUGAAAAUCCUUCCUUUUCUCCUUGUUCUCCUCUUGGUGGCAUUUCAGGGAGCUGCAGAGCUGCGACUCUGCUGGCGACUCCCAGGCAUGCGGAUCCUGCCUGUCCUCUGUGCUCUGCUCCUCCUGAUGCUCCAGGUAGUGACAGGCCUGGCCCCGGUCCGAGCAUCAGCCCAGGACUGCGAGCGCCGCGGGGGAUUCUGCUCCCACCGCUCCUGCCCGCCGGGGAUCGGCCGCAUCGGGCUCUGCUCCGAGCAGGAAUUCUGCUGUCGGAUGCGCUGGUAUCCCUGAUGGGCUCCUGGAUCCCCAGCAGGACACCGGCCGUGCCCUCGCUGCCUGGUCCGGACGAUGCUGCCCAGAGGCACCAAGUGCUGCCAGGGGCAGCAGCAACCCAGCACAGCCAGACCAGGAUCCCACAGGAAUCCCACCCCACAGUGUCCCCAAUACAAGGUGGUGGUCAUCCCCACUGCCGAGAUGUGUA